GACCUCUUCAUUGACCAGUGCCUCGACAAGGUGCUCGGGGUCAAGCGCGACAACGACUUCCGGCUGCUGCUCGAGGACCACUGCGAGCCGCCCCCGGGGUGGGACGCCUGCACGGACGAGCUCGCCGUGGCCUUCCACCCCUUCAAGAACGUUACCAGCUGGAACAAGUGCUUGGCCGCUGGGCUCGGCGACGGGGCGCUGCCGCCGCCCAAGGCGGCCGUGGUGUCCCCAG